UAAUGGAUUCAACUAUCUAGGAGAUGAUGGAAGAUAAAUCUAUGAGUUUUAAGUUCUUGUUGGCAGUACAAUAGCAUAAAUACGAAGAAGCUUAUUAAAUUGGCAAAGAAAGUACAUUCAUUUGUCACUGUAGUUUUGAAGGCCAAUCCAUCUGAUAAGAGCGUGAAUCGAUUUAUGUUAUUUUUGCAGUCAAAUAUGGGAUAUCGUAAGACAUACACUUAAAUUUUAUGUCGAUGGAUUGUUUGAUUUCGAAGAGGAAGAAGAAGAGGAGGAAGAAUUUGAAUGUGAAGAAGAAGAAGCUGAAGAAGAUGAACUUGAUAAUGCUGAUGAAUAAGAAGAAGAAGAGGAGGAAUAUGAAGAAUAUGAGGAAGGUGAUCAAAUAUAAUAAGAGGAUGACUCUGAGUAUGAAUGGGUUUAUGAGGAUGAAGAAGUGGCUGAAGGAUUUGAUGAAGGAGAAAAUACAGAUGAAGAAAAGAAUUUUGUUUAAGAAGACACUAAUGAAGGAGAUAUAAGUUUAAGUAUGGACAAAAAGAUUUAUGAGAAAAAACAAACAUAAUAAUAAUAAUAAUAAUAAAGUUCAAAAAGAGUAGUUUAAUAAAUUAAACCUAAAUCAUCUAUUCCUAAUGGAAUACCUACUUUACCUAAAGUAAUUAUUUAUCAUUAUUAUCUUUAUUAGAUCCAAAAUAAAUAAAGACCAAAUUCUUAAUCCAAAUAACAAAUUUAAAAACCUCAACCAUUAUAAUAAAAUUUAAUUAAAUAAGCAGCAGUUAAUUGUAUAGAUUUAUUAUUAUUUUUCUUUAGAACUUCGUUUUCCAAGUAGUAUGGCAAAAAAAAAGUGA